GAGUUUACCGAAAUGUCAACCGACGGACAUUACGACAAUAUAAAGGACUAUUAUGGCAAAGUUCUCUCGUCCACAAAAGAUCUGAAGACAUCUGCUUGUUGUGCUGCCGAGAAACCGCAUCCCAUUAUUCGACAACACCUCCUCCAGAUCCCCGAAGCAGUCCUGAGCAGAUUCUAUGGAUGUGGUAACCCUGUCCCACUGGGCAUAGAAGGUCUAUCGGUACUCGACCUCGGAUGUGGAACUGGUCGAGAUUGUUAUCUUGCUGCUGGGUUGGUCGGUCCCAAGGGCGCAGUGAUUGGUGUGGACAUGACGGAGGAGCAGUUGAAAGUCGCCAGGAACUCAUUACAGGAGUUUGAACAAAAUAUUGGCUAUAAACCUAAUAUGAGGUUUGUUCAAGGAUUUAUUGAAGCACUGGACGACAUUAUUCCCUCUUCGUCGAUUGAUGUUUGUAUUUCAAAUUGCGUCAUCAAUCUGUCCCCUGAUAAGGAGGCAGUCCUCAGAGGAGUUUACAACGCAUUGAAACCCGGCGGAGAGUUUUAUUUCUCGGAUGUCUAUGCAGACCGACGGAUACCCGCUCACGUACAGUCCCAGAAGGUUCUCCAAGGAGAGUGUCUUGCAGGAGCACUAUAUGUUCAAGACUUUCUCCGUCUGUGCCACAAAAUAGGCUUCACAGAGCCCCGCCGCUUAUCGACAUCUACGAUCGAUGUCACCGACCCUGAUCUUUCUGAUAUAUGCGGAAAUAUCAAGUUCUACUCUAUCACCUACCGACUCUUUAAACUCCCCGAAUUAGAGAGCAUAUGCGAGGAUUAUGGACAGGUCGCUACGUACCUGGGCACACUACAAGGACACAAACACUACUAUGAUUUGGAUGAUCACCAUCAAUUUGUGACAGGGAAACCAAUGUUGGUGUGCGGAAAUACAGCGGAUAUGGUGGGUCAGUCGUGGUUAGGAAAGCAUUUCAAGGUGGAGGGAGACCGGAGUGUACAUUUUGGGGUAUUCGAGUGUGGGACCGGCAAGGAGAAUGAUAAUGGAAGGGCUGGCCCUUGUUGCUGAUUCGUUACCCGUCUCGGCGGUCAUGGGUCAUCGUAGAUACACAAUCAUUGACAAUAUACAGGUCUGUUUAUGAAUAGAACCAUUUGCAUCUAUACUAUGACUUGAAACCUG